GCCCUGUCCGGCGGCGCUCUAGCCUCCGCGCGGUGUCUCUAUGCUCCCCCGCGUCUAGUCUAUUUAUUGUCGCGGGGAAGCGGCGGCCGCCCCGUACCCGGAACAACAAAGCGAGAAAGACGGAGCCCGAGCCUUGGGGGCUCCUAGCAACGGGCCGGGGCGGGAGUUCCAUGGAGACUGGGGAGCGCGCCCGCCUCAUCAUCAUCCUUGUCCUCCAGCUUAUCCUUCGCGUCCGCCGAAACCGGCAGCAGCGCUGCCGCCGCGUCCUCUGCCGCCGCCCGCUCUUCCCACGGAUGUGAUCUUCGUGGUGGGAAGCUAAGUUUUUAAACUACCCCAAUGGAUGCAGACAGUGAUGUUGCAUUGGACAUUCUAAUUACAAAUGUAGUCUGUGUUUUUAGAACAAGAUGCCAUUUGAACUUAAGGAAGAUUGCUUUGGAGGGAGCAAAUGUCAUUUAUAAGCGUGAUGUUGGAAAAGUAUUAAUGAAGCUUAGAAAACCUAGAAUUACAGCUACAAUUUGGUCCUCAGGAAAAAUUAUUUGCACUGGAGCAACAAGUGAAGAAGAAGCUAAAUUUGGUGCCAGACGUUUAGCCCGCAGUCUCCAGAAACUAGGAUUUCAGGUAAUAUUUACAGAUUUUAAGGUUGUUAACGUUUUGGCAGUUUGUAACAUGCCGUUUGAAAUCCGUUUGCCGGAAUUCACAAAGAACAAUAGACCUCAUGCCAGUUAUGAACCUGAGCUUCAUCCUGCUGUGUGCUAUCGGAUAAAAUCUCUAAGAGCUACAUUACAGAUUUUUUCAACAGGAAGUAUCACAGUAACAGGGCCCAAUGUAAAGGCUGUUGCUACUGCUGUGGAACAGAUUUACCCAUUUGUGUUUGAAAGCAGGAAAGAAAUUUUAUAAUUCAUCGCUUAAUUGGUUAGAAUCCCUAACUGAGCACCUUUUAAAACCUGCUGCACAUUGGACUCAAAAGGAAAACUGGACCAACAGUAAUCGAGGAAAUAGACUCUUUUAUUCAUUCACGGCUACAGUAAGCUCCAGUCCCUUCGGAUUUUAUUUCAAACCUUGCUGUAAUAUAAAGAGGAAGUUUACAAGACAUGACAUUGCUGCUUUUACAAAAGGACAUUCUAUUUAUUUUCGCAGUAAUUUUCAUGUCCCCAUAAGCAGAGCUGUCACAGUGUGCACUACCUUAAAUUGUUUUGUUGUCAUUAUUUUUUUUCCAGUUUGAGCUAACGUGUUUUAUUUGUGAAUAGUCUUUUACAUUUUUGUAUGCUAAUAUGGGCACCAAAGAACCUGUAAAAGUUAUCUUUUUCAAUUGAAUGUGCACAAAUAAAAGUUUGGAAAAGAUCUCUCUUCAUAUCCAUUCUAUAACUUUUAUUCCCCAUUUUCUAUUUUAACAAAAAUUGUAUUCAUAAUUUUUUUUUAAUCUAUGCAAGCUUAGACUUUUGCUAAAGUGUGUUGGCUUCUUUUUGAAGUGUAUUUUGUAAAUAUAUAUAUGCCACAUGUGUAAAGUAUCUUUUAAUUCUCUGUUACCAAAUAUCAAAUAGGAAUUUUUUUUCUUGCAGAUUAGAAGUAAAAACAUGUAUAUAAAUCCUAGAGAACCAGAGUAGAACUUUAUAGUUUAAGUGUAAUGUUUUAUGUUGCUAAUUUAACAUGAUAGAAGACGUUAACAAUCUUUUAAAAGUUGCAGAAUUGUAGUUUUUAAAAGAGAAUCCUCUUACUUACAAGAUGAAUAUGAGAAGGAAGCUGUGAUGGGUUGUACCUCAUUUGUACCUUUGUUAUUCUGGAAAGACAACGCUGGUUGCAGGAAAGUCAACAUCUUCGGUUGGUACUCAAGGCUAUGCUAAGAGUCUUGUCAGAAGUUGAAGCAUUGUGCUGUUGUAGCAAGAAGUGCCCAAAAGCUGCCCCUGUGCCACAGUAUAAUUAUCCUGUAGUUCAACUUGAACUUGAAAGCCAUUUUGUGAGAUAAAAGUCUUUCCCCUUGUUGUGUCUUAUUUAAUGAAGCUAAAGAGCAACUACUCAGUAUAUGGAAUGGCUACUCUUAAAGCUGUAAUAAAUAUGCAUUAUUGAAAAAGUGGCUCUCUGGCUCACCCAUGAGCCCAGGAGUAGUAACACAGGCUCAAGCUGCAUUAGCGCUCUGCCAUUUGCCUUUAGGAGUUUAGUAUAACUAACAAGGAUUUUACCUAGAACUAAGGCUGAGUGGAAUCAUAUUAGCUUCAGUUAAAAUUAAUAGAGGUAAUACUACAACAUAAUCUUCCACUAAAACUUUGAACUUCCAAAGUGUUUUGAAACCGUUGUGAACAAUUGGAACAUCUUAACUUCCCAUAUUCCAGUACAUUUUCCUUACCCUAUUCUAAAAUCCUGAAAACUGCACUGAACAGUAAAAAUUAUUUUAUGUUUAUUUUAUCUUUUUUCUUCUCGAUGCCUUCCCCUGCUUUCAUAAGUGGGGGGCAAAGGCUAACUUUUAUAUUAUUUCUUGGGAAAGACUUAAUUGUGAUUUUCAGACUUCCGUUCUCAUUUUUUACAUUGUUGUUUAUUUGUUUCAUUUUAAGAUCCAGUAGGCUAGGCACCCUCCUAAAAUAUACAGAAUAAAAUUUGAUGAAAGUUACGGUUCUGGGCAGGCGUUUUUCAAAAACUUGAGGUUUUCCACUUAGAUUUAAUUAACAGUGAUAACUGAUCUCCUGAUUUGCAAUAUUCACACACAAAAAAAAGAAGUUGAAAAAGGGAGGAAAAAAACAUGAUUAUAUAGCCAAGGUGCAGAUCCAGGUAUUGUAACAUUUUUCAGUAUUGAGUGACUUGAAUACUAGGUAGGUCAGUAGCUCAUCAAAAUGCUUUCUCAGAAAAGAGGAAGAAAGACAAUCAGAGCAGGUCUGGUUUCAGGGCUGCUGCUCAAGUAUCGCCUGGCACAGUGUCUUGGGUGACCUUUUACAUUUAACAAAGCUGGUAAGAAAUGAGCGUGUCUGAUGUCUUCUGGCUUUUCCCAAGUGCUGUACAUUUUUUAACAAAUAAAAACUGUGAAUAUGUACAUACAAA